AUGUCUCUCCACCCUCUCAUCGACAACGGAAUCGUCAAAGGACGCCAGAACUUUGCCGGUGGAACACUGUACUGCCGCUGCCCUUCGAACCAAGUCGCUGUCUCCCUGAAGAGAAAUGUCGCCCACAACCAUGCCUGCGGCUGCUCCAAGUGCUGGAAACCAGCCGGGGCGCUCUUCUCCAUUGUUGGCGUGGUGCCACGCGAAAACCUCUCCGUCACGGCCAACGAAUCCAAGCUCGUGAUUGUCGACGAAUCGGCUGCGAUACAACGCCAUGCCUGCAAGGACUGCGGUGUGCACCUGUACGGCCGGAUCGAAAAGGACCAUCCCUUCAAAGGGCUGGACUUUGUGCAUGUGGAGCUCUCCAAUGAAGAAGGAUGGCAAGAGCCGCAGUUUGCCGGCUUCGUGUCAUCUAUUAUUGAGCAGGGGUUCAACCCCAAGGGUAUGGAUGAUGUGCGGGCAAGAUUCAAAGGACUUGGGUUGGAUACGUACGACGUGUUGUCACCGCUGCUGAUGGACCUGAUCGCAACCUUUAACGCACAGAAGGCGGGAUUCACUUUUGCGGCAUAA